AUGACCAGCACGAAGAGCAGCCGUCGGGGGGCUGGCGGUUCGUCUGCUGCUGCUGCGCCUCCCGCUAAGGUGUCAUCCUCAGGGGGUAAGAGGAGCGGAGGUAGCAGCAGCAGCAGCAGCAGCAGUAUCAGCAGCAGCAGCAGCAGCAGCAGCAGCAGCAACGUAGCGGCGCCGCGUACCAGCAGCAAAAGGCAUCAUCAGAAGGACCCAGCAGCCCCUAAGAGGCCUCUGUCUGCUUAUAUGCUGUUCGCAAGAGAUAAAAGAGUUGAAGUGCUGCAGCAGCAGCCCGAGUUAAAGUCAGAUGUAAAAGAGGUGGCGAGGGUUUUAGGAGAGAUGUGGAGGACUGCUGCUGCAGCAGAGAAGCAGCAGUUUGCUGCUGCUGCUGCUAAAGAAAAAGCUAAGUAUGCUGCAGCACUUGCUGCCUAUAAACAACACAAAUAA